AUGUUCGACCAAAUCAAGCACGUGAUCGCCCGCCCCAUGACCGACAAGAUGCCGCUGGAGCAGCGGUUCAACUCCACCCCAUCGACACCGUUCAAGGUGGGAACCACGGAUCCGGCUACGGCCUUUGAGCGAUCUGGCUGGGUGUACAUUUAA